ACAAGGACAAUGAACUCUACAAUGCUUCAAAAUAGUGCUCAAGACAAAUUUCUGGAUGCUUUUGUUAGAAAUUUGGUCCUUGUUCUUUUUGGGAUCACAAUUAACUCGAUCAACGGAUUGUUUGUGUUUACAUUCUUUAGGAGUUCAAUUUUCUACAAUGAUCCGAGAUACAUAUUAUAUAUUCACUUGGUUAUCAAUGAUAUGCUUAUGGUUUUUAUCAGUGUUAUGCUUUCUGUGUCGGCUUAUGCAUGGCAAAAUGUACCUCUCCCAUUCUGUGUUAUACUGCUAAUAAUAGCUGAGUCAACUCAUAAGAACACUCCUCUGACUUUGGCCGGUAUGGCCGUUGAGCGUUACAUUGCCAUCUGCAAACCGCUGCAUCACCAUCAGAUUUGCACAGUGCGCAGGACGUACAUCCUUAUCUCUCUGAUAUGGGGCGUAGGAGUUAUACCUGGUUUGACUGACUUGAUUGUCAUUUUAAUUGUACGUCCUUUAUCUAUCUUUACAACAGGUAUCGUCUGUAGCUCAACAAAGGUGUAUAACACACCAUACCAUGAAGAACUGAGCAAAGUUAUGUAUGGGCUUUAUUCAUCUGUUGUGUGGGUAAUUCUUGUAUUCACAUAUUGUCAAGUGCUGAUUGCGGCCAGAAGGGUCUCCGCUGAUAAAACUUCAGCAAAAAAGGCCCAAAACACCAUCCUGUUACAUGGAGCACAGCUUCUGCUCUGUAUGUUGUCCUACAUUGCUAGUAUCAUAGACAAGAUUUCUGCUCAGUUUUUCCUAGCUGAUCGGACAAAAGUGCCCUUUAUUAAUUAUCUUCUAACAAACUUAUUACCACGACUGCUUACCCCACUGAUUUAUGGUGUUCGAGAUAAACUUUUUUACAAUCACAUGAAGGGGCAUUUUGCAUGUAAAUUACUAAUGGUAAGGGUUGAAUCAACCAAAAAAUGA